GAGUCGAUAAUCCAUCACUAUCAUCCAUCAUGGCGCCUGAGAGAGCAAUUCCUCCACCGAGCUUCAGCGAGGACCAGUUGAGAGAGUACUUCAAGCACAUCAAACUGCCAGAGAAGUACUACUCAGCAGGCUGUCGUCGAGAUGAAGCCUUCCUCACGGCCCUGCACCGAUACCACAUCGCGGCGAUCCCAUAUGAGAACCUCUCGCUUCAUUACUCCUCACACAAGACCAUCAGCCUCGACCCGACCUUCCUGUUCGCCAAGUUUGUGACCAACGGACGAAACCGCGGAGGCUACUGCAUGGAAGGCUCCCUUUUCUUCCUGGAGAUACUCCGCAGCAUCGGAUUCCGAGCCUAUCCUGCCAUGGUCCGCAUUCGUCUCCGAGAGAACGGCGUGCCAAAGGGAGACUACAUAGGCAUCGUCCACCUAGUCAUCAUAAUCGAAGUCCCCACGGCCCACGGCGAGACAGAGAAGUAUGUCUGCGAUGUAGCCUUUGGUGGCGAUGGACCCGUGGUCCCCAUGCCAUUCAAAGAAGGCGUGGUGACCCGUAAUAUCGGGACCCAGGAGAUUCGAUUCGUCCAUGAGGAGCUUCCAAAGUCGCUUGGAAAAUACUGGGUUUAUCAAUACCGGAACGGUCCAGACAAGGAGUGGAACUCUUUCUAUGCCUUUAACGACACGGAGGCCCUGGCGCGGGACUUUGAACCGAUUAACUACUGGACGAGCCAGGGACCGACUUUUCAAAAGACGACGAUGAUCAUUGUCAAAUUCCUGCUUGGUCCUGCCGGUCCUGAUGGGGACUCUGGUGUUGUUGGCAAGAUUAUGCUGGUCAAUGACACGAUCAAGAGAAACAUGGGCGGGAAGACAGAGGUGGUCCAGGUCUGUUCCACAGAGCCUGAAAGAGUCGAGGCUCUGAAAAAGCAUUUCGGUAUAUCCUUGACGGACGAGGAAAUCAUCGGAAUCCAGGGUAGUGUGACCGAGUUGAAGGACGUGGAGGUGCUCGGUGCAUGA